AAAAAAGAGAGAGAGAACCUUAAUCCUUUAACCACCUUCUGCCCUCUCUCUUUCUCUCUUCAUUAAUGGCUUCCGUCCCUCAUUUCUACUCCAACUAUCAGUUUUCUCCUGAGGAAUUCUCAGAUAUUUCGUCCGUAAUUGCUCAAGAAAAUUAUGGUGGUAUAUUUGCUAGCACUUCAACUGCCAGAGUCUCAUGUGGUGCAAUUUCCACUACUGCUGGUGCAACGUUGGGCCAUGAGCAGAACCUUCCCUUUUUAUAUGAUAAUAAUGGAGGGCUUGAGGGUUUUCCAGUCGAGUCUGAUAUCUUGUCGCGGGUUUCAAUGACGACGACCCCUUUCCCUGAGCGACUUGGGGUUUCCGAGAUGGUUGUGCCCUCAUUGACGGACUACAAAAUGGGUUUUAGUGGCAUUGCCAAAAUUCACAACUUUGGAGGCGGAUUUCAAUAUUCGGAUACCUGUGAGUAUGGAGAGGAUUGCUGUGGAUUGGUGCAAAAUUUCAAGUCUGUCUAUCCUGAUUUUGGAGAAAAUUGGAGAAUUCAAUGCAAUCAAAUGCCAGCCAUGGAACACACCAAUAUAAGGGUAGGCCGGUAUACAGUGGAAGAAAGAAAAGAUAGAAUUCUAAGGUACUUGAAGAAGAGAAACCAAAGGAACUUCAAUAAGACCAUCAAGUAUGCUUGUCGCAAAACCCUAGCUGACCGGAGAGUUCGUGUCCGGGGAAGAUUUGCAAGGAACAAUGAACUAUGUGAAGACGAAAAUGGUGGGAAAAAGAGUGACAAUCCUCUCCAAGAAAAAGAAUCAUAUAGCAAUGGUGCCCUCGAGAUGAAGAAUGAUGAUGAUGAUUGGCUGCAAGAGGCUGUAGCAAGUCUAAUGUGUGUGCCAUAUAUAGCUGGGUGACCCAACUAAUUGGUUGUUUGGAAAAUGGACAGCGACUGAUGGAUAAAAGAUCGUUGGCUAUCACAAGCAACGUUUAAUUUGUGGAUGAUGGAUGGAUCAUGGACGUAGCAAGCUAAGCUAGCUAGAGGGAGUAGUAGUGUUAGGUUUAUGAAUCUUAACAUAUUUUCAUCAU